AUGUUCAAUGUAGCAGACGAGCGAAGUCACUCCGAAGAUUUCAUGGAAAGCAUAUAUGAAUCAUUGCUUGAUGGAAGUUUCCCAGCAGAAAGUUCAGUCCCUAUGCAGAGUAAUGGAUGUUUCUGGGGUAAUGCACAGGAUGGUGGUACACAGGCACUCUUCAGCCUUGGAGGACAACAAAAUCAAGAAGAGGAAUGUCCUGGUGCGUUAAACCAUGCUGCUGCAGUUAACCAGAAACUAGAUAUUUCUGCUGAAAAAGUUUUAUCUAUGCUUGAUGAAGUUCUAAGCCAAAGAAUUGAUACAAAGUUAUCAAAUUUCCAAGUCUCCUUACAAGAUAUGCUAAAUGAUCAACACAAGAGCAUUCUUCAUCUUUUGAAAGUGACAGCGCUCAGCAGGCAGAGCCCAAUGUUAAGACUUUCUCAGUUCAUACUGGAAGAGCAAACAACAG